GGGUAUAAGAUUGUCACAACUUCGAUUUACAAGCCUCAAAUCUGGUUCUUCCCGCAUAAAAUACCGAUUGGGCCACUUGAAUUCUGAGACGCUGUGUUUAUUUCUUUAUAACUAUCGCAUUGCAAGAGCGAGAUAACAGAGAGGAUUUUUGUGUGCAAAAAAGAGUUUUAAAAAUCUACGUUUUGCGGAUAUAUUCAAUAAAGAAAAUGAAUGUUUUACCGCAAACAGGUUAUCCCUUCCCUCCUGGAUUCUGGCCUUUCGCAACCUGUGCUGGACUGAAGACAAUGGAUUUGCCAAUCCAUCCGGCCUUUAUCCACACGCCGUAUCCCACCUAUACAAUUCCUCCAUCCACCACAGUUCCACCUAUGAUCCAUCCUGGAGUUAGGUCCAAAGCUGACUCGUUCACAAUAGAUGCUAUUCUAAACAGAGGCAAAUCAGACCGUGUUUCCAGGAAGUUAAAAUCGCCUAGUUUUAUUGAUAGUGAGUGUGGGAAAGAUUCGGACCUUCAGGAAAGACGCCACCAAAGACUGUUUGCCAAUUCCCACCCGUAUGUGUCUCCUUUAGACAAAUCCAGCAAUAAUAAAACCUCUGUGAAAAGUCCACCCCAAGCAUAUGGUGAUGAUCAAAAAGAAGAUAAGAAAUCGGAUUGUAAACAGGGCUGGAAGCAGGGAAAAGGAAAACGAGUGCGGACAAUUUUUACCCCUGAGCAGCUGGAACGAUUAGAGUCCGAGUUUGAGAAACAGCAAUACAUGGUGGGAACAGAAAGGUAUUAUCUAGCAUGUUCCUUGAAUCUGACUGAGGCCCAAGUUAAAGUUUGGUUCCAAAACAGAAGAAUCAAAUGGCGGAAACAGACCCUGGAACAACAACAAGCUAAACUUGCUCGUUUUGAUCUGUUUAAAGAUUCCAUUGAAUCCGAAUCGGGAUAUAGUGAUUCAGACGAUGACAAUUCAAACAAAGGAAGUGAUUUUCCCACUUCACCAGAUCAGCGAUGCGUGACAGCCGAAGUUCCCUCAUCCAUCUACACGCCCCCAUAUCAGGAAUAAUUUUCGUGAAUUCUUUUUCAUAUCAGUAUUAUUAAAAGAAAUGCAUUGUGGAUCCAUUUUGAUCACGGUAGUUGCUUGAAUUGUGCUGUGCAAUGUUAUGUUUCUAAAUGUACCUGCUUUAGAAUUUAGAGACAAUAUCAGCAUACUGCUGAUGUUAUGUUUAAACACAUGCGUGCAUAAUGAAUGAUUAUUAUUUUGUAAAUACUCUUUAUUUAUUAAUCAAUGAUGUAUGAAAUAAUUAGAUCUCCUUGAAUAAAUACAAAUAUAUGAUAUAUAUAUAAAAACAUAGAUAUCUGUGUUUAAGUUUGAAAUAAAAGAUUGUGGUAGCAAGAUUAAAACAAAAUUGGCUUAGUGAAAAA